AUGAGCUCAGCAGACGAGUCGUCCCACCCGCGUUCCAGCGACAACGAGACACCACCGGACUCUCGUGCGUCAUCGCGCGGACCGUCGAGAUCGCACACUCCAGCGACCCCGCGCAAGCGACGCCGAACCGAGUCGGUCGAACGUUCGCGUGUGCGCAAAUACCCCCUCGAGGGCAAGUACAACGACGCCUACCGCGUGCUCUUCAACGAGCAUGUGAGCCGUGCAGCGGCCCGCUUCGAGCCCGCCGAGGGCGUGCAGCACUACAGCACACAGUACGGCGCCUCCGUCUGGUCCGCCCAGGAGCAGGCCACCCUGUUUGCAGCCCUCGAGCGACUCGGCCGCGACGACGUCCCGGGCGUGGCACGCGCCAUUGGCACCAAGAGCCCCACCGAGACACGCGAGCUGCUGCUCCUGCUCGGUGAUGCGGCCACCAAGCAACAGAACCUCGGCCUCACCAUGCGCGACGUUCCUGCAGCAAUCGAGCUCGGCCACGCGUGCGCAGAAGAGCUCGACGUGGUGGCUGACGCACUGGCCUGGUACCAGGAACAGUUCGAAGUGGCGCAGGAGCAGGAGCGCUACGGACACUACUGGCUCAUCACGCCCGCCCUCGCCCAGGACAUCGAGGCCGCCAUCAACCGCCCUUCUCGCGCUGCUUCGACUCGUCCAACAACGCCAGCUGAGCCUGGCACUCCGCGCGCAGGGCCGGGCAUUGCAGGCUCCUGCGUGCGUUGCAAGCUUCACAAGAUACGCUGCGACCGAAAUGUACCCUGCGGCAAUUGUGCACACGUGAAGAAGAAAGUCGUCUGCCAGUACAAGUCUCUCCACCAAGACACCCGCCACAUAGACCUGACCCCCCAGACACCAAACGUAGAGGGAGCGCAAGAGCAACCCGCUGAGCUGGCCGUCUCCACAGCUCCACCGAUAGUACACGCCAUCCCACAAGCCGCCUUGCUGCAUGCUGAAAACAUGCUCUCACUGUCCAAGAUCUUGUUCAUGAACCGCUCUGCCGACAUACCCUCGCCGUGGCCCCAUUGGUCUGCGUAUGCCUCCGAGCAAGUCCCAGAGCCCUCAAUACUGCGCACAGCCUUCAACGACUUCCACACCCUCGCCGUCUCGGUGACGAAACGCCUGAUGCAGGCUGCCAUCAUGCAAGCCACCUCGCGUCUUCGCUCCCAACGUCGUCGCACCAAAAAAGGCGUGAUGCCACUCGUAAAGACACGAGACGUGCUGUCAGCGAUUGAUGUACUUGGCCUGAAGAGGAACGCACGUUCGCGGUGGACCGGUGUUGCCAGGCGCUGCAACGUGCGAGUGUUUGAUGAGCAACGGACUACGAGGUUCAAGAUCAAGCAACGUGAAAUCUCGUGGGAACAAGCCGAGCAAAUCCUUGGGCUGUACGACGCCGUGGCUGCACCACCUGCUAAUGAUGCACAUGCUUCUGGUCCCGCUACAGACACGGACGGUGACGAGGCCUUCAGACAACGAGCUGCUCGCAGUGGAACUCCAUUACCCAUGGAACACCUCUCGCUCUCCAAUCCAGACACCGAGCUUGAGACCGAUGAUGUUGGAUCAGAAUAUGAUUCUGCUCCCUCUGACGAAAUGAAAGACGACUUUACAGAACAUGUACAACACCCGAAUUUGGUUACGACAGAUGGGAACAUGAGCAUCGCACCUGGAGAAGCAGACCAAAACCAUAUACAAGACUUUCGGUCGCUUGAGCAUUUUGACCAGGAAGCCAGUCGGCAAGAGGAAGAGGCGCUUUGCAAUCUCCUUGGCCUCUCUACUUACAUAAACAGGAAAUCGCCGGUCGGGGACGCGUCCGAGGACGAAAGUGUUUCUGAUCAGGGAAACAUCACUACGAGCGCCGAUGACUGGCGCAAAUGGACCGAGUACCAGGCUACAUGGGCAGAGUUCCACACUCCAGUCCCAUCUGCCAGAUUUGUUGCCAACCGUAAGCCACGCAAAGCAUCUCCUAACAUCCGUCCAAGGCGGUUGGGCAAUGCUGGUGACGCAUCUGCAGGAGAUUCUGAUGCAUCUUCGACCUCCUCCCAAGUUGCACAACGGCCGAGGCAAAGAAUGACAGGAGUGGUGGAAUUGCGCACCCGCGACCCGAGAGCCUAUGCAGCUAUGCAAAGCACUGCCUUUGGUAUUCCCGACGACGCUUCAAGGUCUGACCCAUCUGGCACUGAUGACAAUCUAGAUGCAGACGUGCCGGCGCAGUCGGUUGAGAACACAGAGAUUGCGCAAAACCCUAAUCUUUCUGAUGCCAUGGAUUGGGAGACAUGA